UAAAUAUCUUGUUAAACGAUAACGACAUGUUCCGAUACAUUCCACGAGUAAACAACAAUUAAAUGUAAAAUGUUGUUAUACACUUUGGUGGGAGGUUACGUGUUAACAUCGAUGAUAUUACUCAAAUAUCCGACGUUGUUACACAAAAAGAAAAAUGUAAAAUUUACCUGCCGACAUAUCAGUCACAGAGGAGGUGCAGGCGAAGGAUAUGAAAAUACAAUGUAUGCGUUUAAACGAGCUGUGGCAAUUGGAACAGAAAUGUUAGAAUUAGAUUGUCAUCUAACAAAGGAUGGUGAGGUAGUUGUGUCUCAUGAUCAAAAUCUUCUGCGUAGUGCAGGCAUAAACAAGAAUAUUUCAGAAUUGACUUACAAAGAACUACCUCUUUUGAAACCACACCUUCCAAUCGAUUUUGAUCCAGAUUCAGUAUACAUUGGCUCUGAAAAGGAAGAAGACAGGCAAGUUCCCUUAUUGAAAGAAGUAUUCAAAGCAUUCCCCAAUAUGCCAAUUAAUAUUGAUAUUAAAAUUAAUGACGAUGAGCUUAUAUCAAAAGUGUCCAAUCUAAUAAAGGAGUACAAUCGUGAGGAAUAUACUGUAUGGGGAAACUUUAGCAAUGAAAUAACACAGAAAUGUUAUAAAACGAACCCAAAUGUGAAUUUGUUAUUUUCUACACAACGUGUAACCCUACUGAUAUUUUUAAUGUAUACUGGUUUAUUACCAUUUGUACCUUUGAAGGAAACACACCUGGAAAUAUGUUUACCUUCCAUUUAUUUAAGGCGCAAAGGGGGCCCGAGUUCUACAUUACAGCACUUAGAAAAAUUAAUUGUACAUACUAUGAAUGUACUACUAAUGAGGCCCAGCUUAUUUAAUCAUUUAAGAGCCCGUGGAAUACAUGUAUAUUUUUGGGUCUUGAACAAAGAUGAAGAAUUUGAAAGAGCUUUUGACCUUGGCGCAACCGGCAUAAUGACAGAUUAUCCAACAAAAUUAAAACUAUUUCUAAAGAAUCAUACAUUUGAAUAG